GGGAAUAUACUUUUUGACCUAGAUCUCAUUUUUUUUUUUUUUUUUUUUUUUCAGUUUCUCAGUUACUUGAAUAUUGGCUGUGUGUCUAAAGCUCCUGGAACUUUUCUCACUGCAUAUAUACAUUGUACACAAGUGCUUACCCCCAGCCUGAGAAUUAUUGGAAUCUUCUGGUAAGACAAAUUUGAGUGGGAGUUCUGUGGAGGAGGAUGCAGCUUUUGAGCAAGCUGAUGACUGUCUCAAAACCUCAUAACCUGGCUCCUCAUGAACAAAGUGAGGUCCUGAGAGCAGAUACGUCUUGGCAGCAGGAAACCAUCCCAGUCGUGGAGACAGAUGACUGUGAGGCCUCUCGUCAGCGAUUCAGGCAUUUCCAGUAUUUGGAAGUGUCUGGGCCUCGUGAAGCCCUGAGCCAACUCUGGGAGCUCAGUCUUCGGUGGCUGAGACCAGAAAUUCAUACCAAGAAGCAGAUUCUAGAGCUAUUGGUGCUGGAGCAGUUCCUGACAAUUCUCCCUGAAGAAGUCAGGACUUGGGUGAAUUUACAAUAUCCGAAGAAUAGCAAAGAAGUGGUGAGCCUCAUACAGGAUGUGAUUGAUAUGCUUGAAGAUGAAGGUAUAACCUGCAAGGAUUCUGUCCUACAUCAGAAAGGGAGCUUCAGGAAAGAGAAAAUGGAAGCUGACUUAAUAACAGGCAAAUCCCAGGAACCAGUGAAAUUCGAAGAUGUGGUUGUGGAAUUCAGCAAAGAAGAGUGGGGGCAACUGGACCCUGCUGUAAAGAACCUGUACAGGCAUGUGAUGCUGGAGAACUAUAGGAACCUGAAUGCACUGCAUAAAGAGCAUCUACUUUCCAAACCAGUUGAGACCUCCAAGUUGGAGAGUAAGAAAGAAAGUUGGAUAAUGGAGCAAGAAAUCCAAAGAACAGCUGUUUUUGACAGAGAGAGAAUUUCAGAAAAUCAGGAAUUAGUCCCCAAACAGAGAAUUUCUGGAGAAGAAUCAUCCCGUGCAGUGAUUAUGACAAGACUGACUGAAGGUGGACAUUUUCCUAUAGAUGCCCGGAACAGUGAUGACUGGUUAUAUAGGAAUCAGGAACCCUGGGACAUAAAUUUGCCACAAGAAGUUUUCAUUCCUAAUAUAGUCUACACUAAGGAGGGAGACUUUGAAUGCAGUGAAAAUAAAGUAAGCUCUGAUGUUAAGUCAGUUAAGUCAAUUUUUGAUACACAACAGGGAAUUCCUAUGAGAAAGGAUUCCCCAAAGUGUGAUCAACUUAAAACUAACUUUGAAUUUAAUUUAGACUCAGUAGGUAAGCAGCAUUCAGCAUAUAAGUGUGGGAGUGCCUUGAGCCUGAGUACAGAUAUUCAGCUCCCCAAAAGUCGUACCGUACUGAAUUUCUAUAAAUGUUAUCAGUGUGGAAAGGCCUUCAGCCGCAGUUCAUCGCUCGUUCGACAUCAGAUCAUUCACACAGGAGAGAGACCCUAUAAAUGCAGUGAAUGUGGAAGAUGCUUCAACCGACGUUCAAACCUUACUAAGCAUCAAAAACUUCACACUGCAACAAAAGCCUGGGGAGGCAAUCAGUCUGGAAAAGCCCUCAGUGCGCAUAAAGACAGUAAUAAAAAUCCAGGACUCCAUUCUCCAAAUAAUCUCUAUGAAUGUGUUACGUGUGGAAAAUCCUUCACCCGUAGCUCCUCACUUACUCGACAUCAAACGAUUCAUACAGGAGAGAAACCAUUCAAAUGUAAGCAAUGUAAGAAAACCUUUACCAGAAGUUCAAACCUGCUUAAACACCAAAAAAUUCAUACUUGA